AUGCAAAUAUAUCUGUGGAUCAUUGCUGCAUUUCUUGCCACAAUUCUGACUUUAUCAGUCUUGAUCUUAUGCUAUAUUCUAAUUUUGAAGCUAACGAAAAAUCGAUUGCAUACUUCUAGACAUCCCAUUAUCGUUCGGCCGGAAACCACCAAACCGAUUAAUGCAUUUGAUGAAAGCAUCGAAGUGUAUGACGAAAUCUUGAAGCCCUCAGUGAUCACCGUUUUUGAAUAUCUGAAUAAUCAUAAGGCUAAUAUCAAGGAUGUCGAAUCAGAACGAAGUCGAGCAUCAAGCAGGAAACCUAAUUGGAUAUCCGAUGAGCUUUACUUUAAGAAUAUUUUGAUCUUAAUUGCAGAUCUUCCAAUGACACUUCUUUAUCAUUGA